GUUAUGUUAAUUUUAUUUGUAACUGAACGCGCAGCAAAAGUCUCUUCAUCCGUGUUCUUCCUGGACUUCCUGGAUUUUCUUCUCAUACAAAACUUAAUUUAUAAUUACAAAAUGACUCUCCUUUCGGAUGAGGAGGUGGCACGAGAGCUGGACAGAGCAAUUAAUGGGAAUCAGUCUCCUCCUGACCAUUUGAGGAUUCCUGGCUAUGAACCAGCCAACAAUGUCCGUAGUUCCGCUCGUGCUGAUCUCAAUUCAACGGCGUGUAUCGUUGACAGUGAGUGGGAAUUGCUGGAUCCCACUCCGGAUGUUCAGGCACUCUUCCGGGCCUUCGAUGAGCGCUUCUUUAAGAAGAACCUCCAGUGCGUCCAGCUGGAAUGGAGCAAAAAGAUGUACAAUUGUGCGGGGAUCUGCUACCUGCGCACCAAUAGAUUGGGAAAAGCAUGCACAAUUCGCCUGAGUGAGCCACUGCUGAAGCUACGAUCACGGAAGGAUCUCAUUGAGACGCUCCUGCAUGAAAUGAUUCACGCCUAUUGCUUUGUUCAGGGCAUCCGAGAGGGAAAUGGUGGACAUGGGCCCACAUUCAUCAGCAUUAUGAGGACAAUAAAUCAACGCGCUGGCACCAACAUCACCGUCUACCACAGCUUCCACGAUGAGGUGGAACUGUACAGGACACACGUGUGGCGAUGCAAUGGUAUUUGUCAGCAUCGAGGACCCUUCUAUGGGUACGUAAAGCGUACAAUGAAUCGCGCUCCUGGCCCCUCGGAUUACUGGUGGAUUGCGCAUCAGCAAUCAUGCGGGGGAACUUUUGAGAAGAAGAGUGCUCCAGAAAAGCCCCAACGAGCUACUGGGAAAAAGCCAAUAAACACAUUACCCAGCACAAGUCGAGAUAUUCGAACAUACUUCACCCCAUCGCCAAAGAAGAACCCCCCAAAGCAGCAGGAGACACCAGAGGAGGUAAAGAAUAAUGUCCGGGAGGUGUGGAAUAAGAGAUUUGCCUCAACAAGCCCCCAAACGAGUGUUCCGGCAACGAAGAAAGCAAAAACAUCAGAGGAGCUUCCCAAAGAUUCGUGGAAGCAAAUUGAUGAUGAGAUCUUCAUUGAGGAUCCCGAGAUUCCCGUUAUAACGCUCGAUGAUUCCCCGGUGGUGAAGCCUACGAGGAAAUUACAAACUCCAGCGGAGCGUCAGUCUCAGAUUAAGGAAGAAAUCCUCGAGUCAAUUCGCACCAAUGGCGAUGAGAAUGAUCCGAAUGAUGUCAUUGAAUUGAUUGAUGAUGAAUACAAUGAUGAUGAUAAAUCUACGGUUGACAUCCUUCUGGAUCAAUCUGUGAUCGAUGAUCUCUUCGGGAAGGACACCCUCAUGGAGGAUUUUACACGGAAGACUGACACCGCCAGCGAUAACAUCACAUGCCCCGUUUGUCAGCUCUACCUACCACGUGGUAUGCUUACAGAUCACAUGGAAGGCUGCUUGGGGAUUAUGGAGCACAUUGAGUACAAUCCAAAGAAGAUGCCACAAAAGAAGCACAGCAAUUCCUCACCAGCUGCUGCCUCCAAAUCACUCAGGAAGCCUCGAGGGCCUCGGAAAGAUUCCUCAUCAAAAGAGAUUGUUUCCAUCUCUUCAUCUCCACCAUCACCCGUUCCUGGCGGAUCCAGAGUCCCUUGUCCAGUGUGCAGCAAUCCCAUAGCUGAAACUGAUAUUAAUGAUCACCUAGAUCUCUGUCUAACACUCUCAAAUCUCGAUGAUCUUCAGUGAUCUUCAGUGAUAAAUUCCCUUUCAAAUUAAUUAAUUUUUAAACUUUAACUUUGUUUUUUUUAGAGAGCCGCAUUGUGCCAUUAUAGAUUUAAAGGAGAGAGAAUUAAAAUUAAGUUUUUUCUGUAAAAAAAA